CAUUACAAUACAUGUGGGUUAGUGUUUCACUUGGUCAAAAUUUUGUGGAUUUUUAAUUUGUGCAAAGGUAAUUUCAGACAAAUAGAAUCGAUGUCUUUAAGAUAAUUUUAAGUGUAAUAUGCCAUCCAAAUGUCGGAUGGAGUUACGGAACAAUUAAAGCGUUUUGUGUUUACGUCCAAAACUAUCCUAAGAGGCGAAAUACAGGAGGAAAAAUUGGAAAUAAUUAUACCCGAGCUAUUGCAAGCCAGCUACUCAUUUUAUACUUGGCCAUCUGCACCAGUUCUUGCUUGGUUCUUGUGGGAGAAUAGACAAGAAUUAGUUGGCAAAAGGGUUUUGGAAGUUGGUUCUGGAACAGCAUUGCCAGGAAUAUUAGCUGCAAAGUGUGGAGCUAUAGUGACUCUCAGUGAUUCAAUAACUCUUCCCAAAUCAUUAAUACACAUUCAGAGAAGUUGCACUUUGAAUAAUCUCAAAGUUAAUGAGAAUAUCCGAUUGAUUGGAAUCACCUGGGGACUGUUUUUACACAAUUUCGAGAAUUUAGGACCAAUUGAUUUGAUCUUAGGUUCUGAUUGUUUCUAUGAGCCUUCUGUUUUUGAAGAUAUAAUUGUCACUGUGUCAUAUAUUUUUGACACAAAUCCAGGUGCCAAGUUUCUCUGUACUUACCAGGAGAGAAGCUCUGAUUGGACCAUAGAAUCACUUCUAGUUAAGUGGGGUUUAAAGUGUCAAGUACACAGUAUUGAGAAUUUAGGCGCAAGUGCUGGCCUAGAUAUACACAAGCUAAUUGGAGAUCAUAAUAUUCAACUGAUUGAAAUAUUUCGAUAGAUUAUGGCUACUAUUGCAC